AAGCUCUAAGUGUCAUGCAGAGGAGGGUUGUUUUAGCUAAGACGUCAUGACCUGGACAAACCCCCUGACCCUUCUCCGGCACGGCUGGACGAGGCACUGGAACCCAGACAGACCCGUCAGGACGGUGGUCUCCAACUUACCUUUCGAAGAUCUGAAGAAACGUGAGCAGCCGAACCGCCGGUAUGAGGGCAACGCCAUCAAAACCAACAAAUACAGACUGUGGUCUUUCAUCCCCAUGAACUUAUUCGAGCAGUUCCACCGUAUGGCCAACAUUUACUUCGUGGGCCUGGCCAUCUUGAAUUUUGUCCCGGUGGUGAACGCGUUCCAGCCGGAGGUGGCUCUCAUUCCCAUAUGUGUCAUCCUGGCACUGACCACUGUUAAAGACGGUUGGGAGGACUUCCGGAGAUAUCAGACUGACCAACAGCUCAACAACACACCCUGCUUCAUAUUCAACAGGAAGCAGAUGUGUUUCAUGGAGAGGAGAUGGAAAGAUGUCCGCGUGGGGGAUUUUGUGAGAGUGCUCUCUAACGAGAUCAUCCCAGCUGACAUCCUGCUCCUGCACACAUCCGACCCUGAUGGAGUGUGUCACAUGGAAACAGCCAAUCUGGACGGAGAGACCAGUCUCAAACAGAGGAAGGUGGUGCCAGGCUUUUCUACUCUGGGUGAAUCAUUUCAACCUCAAACAUUUGACAGUUCUGUAGUGUGUGAAAACCCCAACAACAACCUCAACCUGUUCAAAGGUUAUGUGGAGAGGCCUGAUAAGAGGAGAACGGGCUUCGGCAUCGAUAGUCUUCUGUUGCGCGGCUGCACGGUGAGAAAUACUGAUGAUGCAGCUGGAAUAGUGGUGUACGCAGGACACGAAACCAAAUCCAUGUUAAACAACAGCGGGCCCAGGUACAAACGCAGCAAGAUCGAGAGGAAGAUGAAUACGGAUGUGCUCUUCUGUGUGGUUCUUCUAUUUUUCAUGUGUCUCAUCGGAGCCCUGGGCCAUGCGAUCUGGUUGGAAACUUUUACCAGCAUGCCCUCAUACAUCGUCCCUGACAGUAAUGGCAAUUAUAUUCCUUCAGUCCUAGCGGGAUUUUACAUGUUCUUCACCAUGAUCAUCUUACUACAGGUGAUGAUCCCUGUUUCACUGUACGUGUCCAUUGAGCUGGUGAAGAUGGUGCAGAUCUUCUUCAUCACUCAGGAUGUGGAACUGUACGACGAGGAGCUGGACAGUCGGGUCCAGUGUCGUGCUUUGAACAUCACUGAGGACUUGGGACAGAUCCAAUACAUCUUCUCGGAUAAGACAGGGACGCUCACAGAAAACAAGAUGGUGUUCAGGCGCUGCUCCAUCAUGGGGACUGAAUACUGUCAUGAGGAGAACGCUGCUCGUUUGGCGGUCCUCAGUGGAGCAAAUGAAGAGGAGGAGGUCACUAUCUACCAACAGACAAAGCUUCCUCCGCUCUUCCCUCUGGAAGAAUUACAGGACGUCCACACAGGAGACAAAAAUCACGCCAACACUCAAGUCACAGCUGCCAGUCGGCGCAGAUCAAAAGUGGAAGCAGGAGCCCAAAGUGACAUGGCCUUCAGCAGUCCUCUGGAAACAGUGGUGGUUCCAGACAGGAAGCUGAUGCUGGAGGUGGACCGUCAGAUGGCGAGCAUCCAGACCGGGCCCUACCUGGACUUUUUUCUGGCUUUGGCCAUCUGCAACACAGUGCUGGUUUCCUCAGUGAAGGCCCAAAAACAGAGGGUCAAAGGGCGCCGUAACUCCUCAUACUCAGGAGGUUCAUUUCAUAACAUGCGGCAGUGGUUCAGAAAGUGUGGUCUGGGAAAAGUUUUCACCUCCAUGAAGUUCUUCAAGAGAGGCGUGGAGACACUCGCAGAUCCUUUCUCCACGGAUGAAGACGAGUCCGACGGGUUUCACAGCUCCAAUGUCUCAGACGCCACGGGGCAGAAGGGGAUUUCGAGUGAACGCAAGGUUAAAAGCAGUCCGUCUGGGUCGGAGGAGGUGUGUUACGAGGCCCACAGCCCAGAUGAGGCCGCUCUCAUACACGCUGCAAAGGCUUAUGGGUUCAGCAUGGUGGAGCGCACUCCUCAUUAUGUGACUGUCAAGCUGCCCAAUGAAGCGCUGCUGAAGUUUGAGGUGUUGGACAUCCUGACCUUUGACUCCACGAGGAGGAGGAUGUCCAUCAUAGUGCGACAUCCACACACUAAAGAAAUCACCAUGUACACGAAAGGAGCUGAUUCAGCCGUCAUGGAGAGACUGGGGAAUGUUUUUUCAGAUAUGACACAAGUGGAUAGUGAGGCGAAGCAAGUUCCUGUAAAAACCCAAAAAGACCUUGACAUGUACGCCAGGAAUGGAUUACGGACGCUGUGCUUUGCCAAAAAGGUCAUCAGUGAGCAGGAGUUCAGGGCCUGGUCGGCUGUCAGACAGGAGGCGCUGUCAGCCAUGGAUGAGAAAGAGGAGCGUCUCAUGGAAACCGCAAACUUCAUCGAGAGCAACUUCAAUUUGCUGGGGGCCACCGGCAUUGAGGACCGUCUCCAAGAAAGUGUCCCAGAAACCAUCCUGGCUCUGAGACGAGCUGGCAUGCAGUUAUGGGUGCUGACAGGGGACAAACCCGAGACGGCCAUCAACAUCGCAUACUCCUGCAAGCUGCUCGAGCAUGAGGACCUGGUGUUCACCUUCAGCACCAACAGGAAGUCUGUGUGUAAAAUGAGGUUGGAAGACACACUGGGAGAGCUGCGACGGAGCACACUGGCACCCGGAGCGGACCAUCAGUUCAGGGGUUAUAACUCAGCGUUUACUGGCCCACUGAUGGAGCCCAGUAUCGGGCUGGUGAUAGACGGGCCGACUCUGAGCAUGGCCAUGUCAGACGAGCUGGUGGAGCAGUUUGUGGAGCUCUGCAAACACUGUCGUGCGGUGCUUUGCUGUCGAGUGACGCCGCUGCAGAAGAGCGCCGUGGUUAAACUCAUACGGCAGAAACUGAGGGUCAUGACCCUCGCCGUAGGUGACGGCGCCAAUGAUGUGAACAUGAUUCAAGCUGCAGACGUUGGCAUUGGAGUUUCUGGACAGGAGGGCAUGCAGGCUGUCAUGGCCAGUGAUUUUGCCAUCACGCGCUUCAAACACCUGCAAAGACUGCUGCUGGUUCACGGACACUGGUGCUACUCAAGACUGGCCAACAUGGUCAUCUAUUUCUUCUACAAGAAUGUGGCAUACGUGAAUCUGCUGUUCUGGUAUCAGUUCUUCUGCGGCUUCUCCGCCACAGCCAUGAUCGACUACUGGCUCAUGAUAUUUUUCAACCUGUUCUUCACGUCUGCGCCUCCCAUCAUGUUUGGGAUCAUGGACAAAGAGGUGUCAGACUCCACGUUACUGAGCCUGCCUGAGCUCUAUAAGAGAGGACAGCACUCGGAGGGCUACAGGCGUUCAACAUUUUGGAUUGCGAUUCUCGAUGCUUUCUAUCAGAGUCUAGUGUGCUUCUUUAUUCCAUACUGGACGUACAAUGGUUCAGACAUCGGUAUAUUCGCGUUCGGCACUCCCAUGAACACAGUGUCUCUGUUCACCAUCAUCCUGCAUCUGGCCAUUGAGAUCAAGAGCUGGGUACACCUUGCAUGUCUUGAGGGGAACGCUGGCGCCCUCCCCUCACCUCCGCGCGCGGCAGCUCGAGCGACUCCCCCCGUCCCAUCGGGAGCAGCGGAUCAGAGAGUGGCGUGGUCUCCGAGACACGUGUAUCUCUCCUUCUCCCAGCUCAUAAACCACACACACAGCACAGUCCGGCGCGCCACACUUCCUCAUGCACCGAGAACGACGAUGCCGCAAAACUUGAAUAUUGCCAACAAACCGAAACCCAUAUUUUUGUUUUGCACACAUGGGUGCCGGUUUGUGCAGUGCUUUCAGAUUAUUCCCCUGGCCAUGGAAUAAUCUGAAAGCCUUGAAGCCUGUGCGUUUCAAUUCCUAGACCCUUUUUGUUCUCAUAAAACAGGUUUCCUGCUGCAUCUGUGUGUCUGUUAUGAACUCGGGUUUACAGUCCACACUUGAUCAGUGCAUGCGUGUCAUUUCUCCACGGCGUGCAUGUAAUGUGUUCGGUGGAUGCAGCUGAGCCUUUUCCCUUCUGUGCAACCUAAUUCCUGGUGUCAUGUGGACCACAUUUGUAUGCACUUGCGCUUUGAGCUGCUCAAGUAAUAAUUGAGGUUUGCAGAUGUUACAUAAUAUCUCGGUUCAUAUAUUCAGAGCUUGUUGUGCAUGCUGACAGAAAUGCAAGCGCCACAGUGAGAUUAAGGCGGCUGGAUCUUUUUCUUAUCAAUUCCUAAUAAAUGCAUUGGCCCAUAACGCUUGUUGAUGUCUGUGUGUGUAAUACGCUAAGGUGGAUCACACAGUCCUGCGCCGGUUUUUGAAUAUUUAAUUGCACUGCUGACGUCUGGCUGACGUUCUUCACUCAUGAUGACCUCACGCUCAGACGGAUCAUAGCUCGCUGAUCACGACUCGUUUCCGCAUCCUUCCAGCAUGUGUGCAACACACACCACAGUCGAGGCUCAGUAUGAAAAAGAGUGCCUUGUGUUGAUUCUGUUUGCAGAACCCAAGGCGGUUUUAUGUAACCAUGUCAGCAGCUUUCUGACGGGACGCUUCUGCGAUCUAGUGGUGCUCUGAUAAACUGCAAACACAACCGUCCAUUUAGGGAGAGAGAGAAGACACAAGAUGGUUGAAGUCUGAAUGUCAGAACAACAGAUGCUUUAUUAAACCCACAUGACUGUGUUUUCAGGCAGACACUUACUGUAAGAUUUCUUUAAGGGCAGAUACUGCAGGUUGUAAACCGAAUUAAACUGUUCAAUGAAACGGUACAUUAAACAUAUUUCUAAUAUAUACGCACAUUAAUGUAUUAUUUAAAAUGCACAGAUUCAUAUAUUAAGUGAGAUAGAUCCCCAAAUA